CUGAAUACUGUCUGUCAGGUUCUCCCUCUCAUUCAUAUCACUUUUUUUCUCACUCCUACCCAAAUAUGCAUGCACUUACCUGUUUUAAAUUGUUUAUGGGUUGUUUGUUUAGAAAACUUAAUUUGAGUUUUAGGCAUGAGAGACAUUUUACCUCCUGACCUUGCUAUAGAUCCCUUGUGUUGAAAUGCAAAGCCCUAGUAAUUCCCUGAUAGGUUUAACUAUUCAUUUAAAGAUGAUGAGAAUGUGCACACUGUUAUUGUCUUGCUGUAAUUCGAUCAGUAAAAUCCUGGGUGAUAAGUUGAUGUUGAGUGCUGUGAUGCUGUAUUAACAUCCAACCCUCUAUAGUCUCAAUCUGGAGAAUACAAAUAAACCAACAGUAUUUUUUUAACAUUCUGUAAAGCUUUCACAGCUCAACUGCUGUUUUUAAAGGCCUGUUUUAUUUUUCAAUUGGUGGAUUGAGAGGUAGUUUGGGAAGUCUGUUACAGCCUUUCUGUGUGUUGUUUCUGUCCUGGAUACACAGUGAACCCUGGGCAAACUAUGAGAGAUAGAGAGAUCAAAGAUAGAACUUGCAGUGAGCGGUCUGUGACUUUUUUGCACAGUAAAACAUUUAGCCUCAAAUUAAAGUGAUGCACAGAAAAGUUUAUUGCACUUUGUGACAACUUAACAUUCAAUUGAUAAGAGUAUACUGGCAGAAAUUGUUACAGUUUAAAGGGAUGUAUGCAGAGAUUUUUAAAAAACAAUAUCUUAAUGGUGUUUUUUAUAGUGAACAAACAUGAUCAACAAAUUGAGUAUUCGCAUUCAUAAUGUUCCAGGUCUUUGUGAUGUGAAGAAAGCCAUACUUUGUGAAACUGUUCAGCUAACAAUAUUUAGUAUGCAUUUAACCUCCACCUCUCCAGCCUUUCCUUCCUAAUCCUGUUGCUCAGUGUUGCACUGACUGACCCCCAAGUCAGUGGAAGCUAUUAUGUAAGCCACUUAGCCUUAUCUGAUCUCUCACAAUUUAUAUUCCAUAUAAGGUCACUAGUAGCCUAUUGCUUCCUUUUUGUUUUCAUUGAAGGACAGAAGCAUAAACUUUUAAUGGCAGCUCAUACUGAAAUAUGAAAAAGCUAGGUUAGAUGUUAAAAACUUUUCCCCGUUUUUAACUUUUUUUAAAUAUAUUUUUUGUGUGAUUUAUUCUUGAAUUUUGGUGUUUAGUCAGGUUAAUCAGAUAUGUCUUUAAAUAACAGGUUGUAAAAUAUACAAAUCCAUCCGUCCAAAAUGCAUUUAAGGUUCAUUAUCUGACCUCGCAUUCUUUGUUAGUGAGGGAAGAACUGUCACCCAAUCGAUCGUCACGAGGCGGCCCGUGUCGUCACUCCGCCCGCUCUAUAAAUCUCCCCCCGACUCACUCACCUGGUUAGACAAACACCUCUCUAAUCUACAGCUGAGCGCACGCUUAUUUUAUUAUUGUCAAUAGUUUUAUACCCUGUUUAGUGGGCAAGUUGAAAGAAUUUUACAAUUCUGCCAAUCCUAAAAGUUUAAAAGACAACUUUUAUGAAUCUUGCAAGUUUUUCAUACUUCACGGGCAUGUGCAACAUGACGGCAGAGUCCCAGCACUCGCCAGCCGAGGCGGCCAGUCCAGUGGUGGUGUCUCCCAACGUGAGCCUGGACUCCCCGAUUCCUCUUCCUCCACCAGCGUUGAACCACCAAGCCCGAGCCAAGGACGGUGUUCUGAUCAAAGCCGAGCCUCGGGGCAGCAGUCCAAAUACAGAGAGGGAGGAAGGGGUUUCAUUGGGUCAGACAGAAGAACACCUGCCCGCCACUGGCAGCCGGCGGAGGAAAAGGCCAGUGCAGCGAGGUAAACCUCCCUACAGUUACAUCGCGCUUAUAGCAAUGGCCAUCGCCAAUUCACCUGAGAGAAAACUCACUCUAGGCGGCAUCUAUAAGUUCAUCAUGGAACGCUUUCCCUUUUACCGCGAGAAUUCCAAGAAGUGGCAAAAUUCCAUACGGCAUAACCUCACCCUCAACGACUGUUUUGUGAAGAUCCCGCGGGAGCCCGGUAGGCCCGGUAAAGGAAACUACUGGACGCUUGACCCCGCCGCUGAGGACAUGUUUGACAACGGGAGUUUCUUGCGCCGAAGGAAGCGCUUCAAGCGUACUGAUGUUAGCACAUAUCCUGGGUACAUGCAAAACUCGAGCGCUUUUACGCCCACACCUAUGGGUAGACAGGCGUACCCCAACACCUUGUACCCGGGUGUAACGUCUGGCUACGGGACUCAGUUGGCUGGUUCCCCGCACCCGGCGAUGCUGCAUCACUAUCAGGCAUCGGCCGGGGUCACGCAGGGCCAGCCCAGGAUGUUCAGCAUCGAUAACAUUAUUAGUCAGCAGACAGUGAUGCAGAGUGGAGGAGACUUCAAUCCGCAGUCUCUCGGCCUGGGUGCUGGAGACUUGGGUGCCAUGACCUCCUGCUGUUCCGUAUCCACCUCUGACCCAACCUGCUUUCAGACACAACCGAUAAAUCAAACGAGCAACAUGCUGAACAGGAACACUGGACCUCUUGCUUCAAACAUGACAUCCAACUACACGUACCCCUCCUCGGCUUCGCCUACUCAUCUGUCCGGGGUCACGCAGUCCAGCUUCUCACCGGGAGGCUCACAGGUGUACUGCUCGGGAAACAGGAUUUCGCUGCCCCCUGUGCGUUCUGGGUCGUGCGCAGAUCAUACAGAACCACUUUUAGGUCUCUCCGGACCAACAAUAAACUCCUACAAUAAUUCAUAUAUGAGACAAGCCAAUUUUGCCUCAGGACUGGAGCGAUACAUGUAAAAAUGCCUGCACUGACAACGCGAUCACUGUACAACUAUGGCCGCGAGAUUGAGUUCUUCUUGACUAUGUUACAAAAGUUGUGUACCGUGUGACAGAAUUAACAAGUUAUUUGUGUUGUAUAAAAUGAAUUACAGUUCUGUUAUUGAUAUGAGGUCUGAAAGAUUGUUUGGGCUAUAUAUCAGAGAACAAACAACCCCCUGAACAAUGUAAAUAUUUUAAGAUA